UCAAGUGUCCAAUGGCCCGCGUUAUGCCAAAGAAAAAUGUCUUAUGGCGUGAAGAUACGCUUCCACAUGUACAUGCGCGUACCCAUGCGUUUAGAUUAUGCGAUGAAAUCGGAUGUUGUUGAACCGUUAAGCUAAGGAUAGAAAAUUUACUAUUUUUGGGAGUUUACUUCCAACGUACUCUUAACACAUUUCUUUUCACCAAUUUUUCAUUUGUUUCCCCUCUUGCAAUUCGCACACACGAGGAUGGAAGAGAAACAAUAGAAGCAGAAUUCACUGAGAGGGGAAAUGGAAGAGAUAAAGGAGGAGGAAGAAGAGGAGAGGAUGGUGAAGAUGAAGAAGGAGAUUAAGACAACAUUGAAAGAGACAAAGAAGAUAAGGAUGCCGGAGAUGAGCCAUGAAGACGUGAAAAGGCAGGAGGCUUACAACAUGUCCCCCAGAGCAGGAGGCCGCAGUGGCAGUGGCUCUGGCUCUGGCUCGGUCAUGGGGAGGUCGUCGAGCGGGAGGUUCAACUGCCUCUGCGCCCCAACCACCCACCCUGGCUCCUUCAGGUGCCGCUACCACCGACGACAUAGCAGCAGCAGCAGCAGAAUGCCACGUGGCAUUUCGGUACCUAUCAACCUUUCCAUGAUGGGUUCUUCUAAAUCAGGCACCGGUGACAAUAUGGGAUGAUCGUUUCUUGUUUGUAACUUGGGGAAUAGUAUACAUAACAUUACAUAUUGUACGGACGAGGGUCGAUGAAACUUGAAAGACUUCCACAUCCCUCCCAUC